AUGAAGGGCCAAGAUGCGACUCCAGAUAUCUACGAUGCGUAUCGCCAGAAAUUGGAACAACUACUACUGGACAUCAGAGACAGGUCUGAAAAGGAUGUGGAAUCACUCGAACAAUUGGUUGGCGAGGCUAAGCUGGCGGCGCAAUCAUUAACAGCUGCACCCAAAUUUCUCAAAAUAGUUAGGGGAAAGGCCAAACAACCAGACAAUGCCACAGAGCAGCCAGCUGCCUCCAAUGCCACUGAAUGCCGCGCGGAUAGGGCUGUUGCACCGAAGACAUUCGAGAACGUUGAAUGGCUCACCAAGUUACUUGACGACCCUCGGCCAGAGUUCAAGCAGCAGCUGCUUGAACUUCUGUCGUUUCUAUGCUGCGCUGACGAGGGGGGAUACAAGGCCAUCCAGUACCGCAUACAGCUCAUGGCCAUGCUUGGCCCUGCCACAGACGCUACGCUAGAAACGGCCAAGGAGCCAUCUGGAAAAGACAAAAAUCUGUCCGACAAGGAAAAAAAUUCCGCGGCUACCGCCGCGCCAUUUGGAUUCGGAGACGAAUAUUUACGUACGUUAGUCUCGCAAAUUGUCAUGGCGCGCGCCGACCCCCUUUCCAAUGUCCAACUAAUCGACGUCCUACCUAUAGUACGUGCCAUCGCCCCGCACUGGAUGGUCAGCGGCAAUGAACUAGAGGCCCUAGACCUACUAUACGAGGCGGAUAUGCUAGACUCACUCCCCGCUCUAGUGGGUGAUGAUCAAGUGCUAGGCGAAAGACUGGGCCCAUACCUGGUCGGACUUGCCCAGUAUGCCUCCGGAAGCCCCGAGUGGAAUAACCUGCUAAAAUUAGCAUACACCAUCUACUGUCAGUGUAAACUACACUUCCAGGCCUUCCAAAUCUCUCUGCUUUUGGAUAAUCGCACGCUACUGCUAAAAACACUUGCCGCUUCACCACCUAUGGUGGCCAAACAAAUUGCCUUCGCUUGCUCACGCCAUUCCAUGCCACUCUACCUCACCGAUGAUGUGCAUCAAGUUGCUAAUCUUUCUUGGGGAGAGAGACAGUCCGGCUUCUAUAUAUACAUGGCCCAAGAACUUGAUCUGCUAGAACCCAAAACCGCCGAAGAUGUAUGCAAGGAUCCUUCCGGCUGGAAAUCUAGAAUGGUGGACUCCUCACUUGAAAAUCUCGGAAAAACACUCGUCAACUGCUUCGUUAAUGCCGGGUUCUGCUCAGAUACACUCUUCACUUGCGAACACAGUAAUUGGGUAUUCAAACACAAAGACUAUGCUGCAUUCACUGCCACGCUACUAUCGGGACUCAUUCACCUUUGGAACGUAGACGAGGGACUCUCCGUAUUGGACACCUAUCAGUAUUCUGAGGACUGCUAUGUCAAGGGAGGAGCACUGGCCGGCUUCGGACUGCUCAGCUGCGGCGUAUGGCCUGAGGCAGAUCCCAUCUCCACGCUUGUCAAUGAACACUUGGAGUCGCCUGUUUACGCUGUUAAAUUGGGCGCGAUCAUGGCGUUGGGACUGGCAUACGCAGGGACCUGCAGGGAAGAUCUCAUGGAAGUGCUGGCACCUGUGCUGCUGGACCCGUCAUCCUCAAUGCACUCGGGCUGGGCGGCACUCUCACUGGGGCUCAUCUUCGCCGGAUCCGCCUCUCCAGAUGCUUCCGAACUUCUCAUCACCGCUCUACUGGAAAAAUGCCCUCCAGCCACCGAAGGAACCGCUGACCCCGCGGCCUUCAAGGGCACCGUACCCUUUCUCGCUGUCUCACUCGCACUCGUAUACCUCACCAAAAAAGAUUCCGUAGAGCUGGCGCUAGAGGCCACGCAGGCCCUGCCGGCACCGGUUGCCAUACUGACGACGCUGCUGUUGGAAAGCUUCGCAUUCGCCGCCUCGGGUGAUAUGCUCAAAGUGCAAAAAAUGCUACAGCUGACGGUUAGACAGACAGAUGCUGUCGCGGAGUCGGAAGACGAGGAAAGCGAUGGGGGGGAGGCGGGGGAGGGAAACCCAACGUCCCUGGCCGCACUAUUGGGAAUCGCCCUAAUCUCACUGGGCGAACCGCUGCAGGAAGAAAUGGCCUUUAGGCUGAUCCAACAGCCCCUCUCCUGCGGUACGACGGCUGAAAAAAGAGCUGUGCCACUGGCACUAGCAUUGAUCUCCCUGUCCAACCCCCAAAACCAACUUAUAUCUCUGCUUAGCAAGCUGACGCGGGACAGUGACGAGGUGACGGCCAUGAACGCCGUCAUCGCACUGGGACUCAUAGGGGCUGGGACUAACAACUCCAGGAUCGCCCAGCUGCUGCAGCAGCAGGCCGUUGUCUACUCGAGGGACCCGGCCGGCCUGCUGGGCGUGAGGUUCGCCCAGGGUAUUCUACACCUUGGCAAGGGGUUACUUACUCUCAACCCCGUUCAUUCCGACGGGCUGCUGGUUAACCGCGUCUCCCUGGCCGCGUUAGCUGCACUGCUCCACCUGGGCGCAGACUUUAAGUCGUUCCUCAGCGAAAUGCCGUACGCGGUGUCUCUGUUAGGACUGGCGAUCAAGCCGCGCUGGCUGGUGGCUGUAGAUGAGAAUUUAGACCCCAAGGCCGUACCGGUUCGUAUAGGCGCGGCUGUAGAUACACUGGGACAGGCGGGAAACCCUAGGCGCAUUUCUGGCUUCCAGACGCACUCCACGCCCGUGCUUAUUGGACUAGGGCAGCGAGCAGAGCUCGUGUCCGGGCACGCUCUGUCGCCGGUCCUUGAGGGCAUCGUCAUUGUGCCGUCCACCCGUACUGAUGGCGGCGGGCACAGACACAGCUAG